AUUUCAACUAUCUGACAUUGGGCAGGGGCCGAUCAAUACAAAAGUUCCCUGAAAUUUCGCUAUUUGACUGGGAUUAAAACGAUUUAUCGUGAAAAAUUAUAUUACACAACAUUGUUUCGUGUUCCAGCUUUGAAUCAAGAUGUCAGACCCGUGGGUGGUGCAGCCGCACGAGCAUGUGAAGUUCGCGGAGCACUUCCACAACCUCGGCCCGGCCGGAGGGAUGCUCACCGGAGAGCAGGCCAAGCGGUUCAUGCUACAGUCGCGCCUGCCGCCGCCGGUGCUGGGUCAGAUCUGGUUCCUGGCGGACACCAACGCGGACGGGAAGCUGGACCUGCGCGAGUUCUCCAUCGCUUGCAAGAUAAUUAACCUGAAACUUCAUGGCAUCGAAAUACCCAAAGUGCUGCCGCCGUCGCUGCUCUCCUCCCUCGCUGCCGCUUCAAAGCCGUCGACGCCCUCAUUCCCGGCCGCCCAGCCGGCCAAGCCACCCAUCCCGCCCAUGCCCGCCCAGCCGCCCACCAUGCCGGCCCAGCCUCUAGUCUCCAACAUAGCCCCCGUCUCGCCGCCUAAACCCACUGCCCAAUCUCUACUGGGCGACUUUAACAACCCCCCAAUGAUGCCUACCAAUCAAACUUUAAUAUCUGGCAUGCAGCCAAUGGCUCCUCAGCAACCGUUGGUACCGACCAAUCAGGUGCCAGAUCUCAUUUCUGGGGUUAAACCUGUGCAGCCGUUGAUUGGCGGGCCGCCGGCGUCGCAGCCUCUGAUUGGCGCAGCCCAACCUUUGAUGGGUGGUGCCCAGCCUCUGAUUGGCAAUACCCAGCCGUUGAUUCCAGCAGCUCAACCGUUAAUACCAUCUCAGCCGAUAUCUCCUCAAUCCAAGCCUUUAAUCCCACCAGCUCCGAAUGCUGUGCCUGUAUUGCCCCUUCUCCCAUCGCCACCUAAGCCGCUAGUGCCAGCCGCCCCAAUGGUCCCGGUUGCCCCUAUGGUCCAACCGACCCAGAUGGUCCAACCAACUAUGGCCCAAUCAACCCCGCUAGUCCAACCGUCAAUGGUUCAACCAGCCCCCAUGGUCCAACCAGCCCCGCUAGUCCAGCCUGCUAUGGUCCAGCCUGUCCCUAUGGUUCAACCAGCCCUGGCUAUGUCUGGGUCUGGGCUGGCCUCGCCCCCGGGGGAGCCGCUGGUCGGAUUGGGACAGCCAGUCACGUCAACGCCGAUUGUGCCGCUGAAGAGUGAAUCUGCGGUGACGAGCCCGGCCGCGGAGUCCCCGCUGGGCGUGCUGACGCCGCCGCUCGACUGGGCCAUCCCGCAGCCACAGAAACUCAAAUACACGCAACUCUUCAACGCCACAGACCGCAACAAGUCUGGCGCGGUGUGGGGCGCGCAGGCGCGGGCGCUCAUGCUGCAGUCGCGGCUGCCGCAGGCGCAGCUCGCGCAGAUCUGGGCUCUGGCUGACCUGGAUGCUGACGGGAAGCUUGGUUGCGAGGAGUUCGUGCUGGCCAUGUACCUGUGCGAGAAGGCGACGCAGGGCGAGCCCGUGCCCGCCAAGCUGCCGGCGGAGCUGGUGCCGCCUACCUUCAGACGUGACUCGACCUCCAGCCAGCACAGCGCGGGCUCGUACGAGGAGCGGCGGCGCGAGAACAUGGCGCGCGGCCAGGCCGAGCUGGAGCGCCGCCGCAGCGCGCUGUCUGACGCGCUACUUAAGGAAAAGGAAGCUGAGGCGGAGCGAGAGAGGAAAGAGCGAGAAGAGCUGGAAAAGAAAGAGAAGCAACGACUGGAAGCUCAGAAGAAGGAGCAAGAAGAAGCUAUGAGGAAACAGAAAGAGGAACAGGAAAAACGCGAAGCUGCAAGGAAAGAGAUGGAGAGACAAUGUCAACUGGAGUGGGAGAAGAAGAGAACCCGCGAGCUUGAAGCCCUCCGCGACAAAGAGCGAGCCGCAGUGACGUCGCUGCGGGCGCGCGCCUCGGCCGUGUCGGGGGCGCUGGACGCGGCGCGCGCCGCCGGGCUCGCCGACCGCAUCCGAGACACCCGCGCCGCGCUCACCAAGCUCAAGUGUGCUAUUGACGGGAUGAGGAGUGACCGCGACGCGUCCAUGUCGGAGCUGCAGCAGCUGAAGGCGCGAGUGAAGGAGCUCAACGCCAAGCAGAUAGCCCUGAACAAGGAGAAGGCUGACUUGGACGCUAAGGCUAAAGCUUCGGAGGGUGCCGGUGAAGAUGGCAAGCUGAGCAUGAUGGAGGUCACCCUGAAGACACUGAAAGAGAAGGUGGAGGCGGCCAAGUCCACAGUGGCCACCAAGAAGGCUGACCUGGAGGCUUCUGAGGCCACGCUCGCCACGCUCAACACCACCGUCAGCACGCUCUCUGACAAAUGCGCGGAGAUCUGGCAGCAGUACGAGGCGAGCCGCCAGCAGUACCUGGCCUCGGAGCGCGAGCCCGCCUGGGCGCCCGCCGAGGCGGACUGGGGCACCUCCAACGCGUGGGGAGAUGACAGCGCCGGCGUGGAGGACGCGCCGGUAUCUGCCGCCACGGAACCCGCCCCCACCACCACCGCCUUCACCCCCGCCCCCGCCCCUGCCCCCGCCGCCCCCGCCGCGGGGGGCGCGGGGCCGCGCUGGCGCUGCGUGUUCGAGUUCUCUGCAAGAACUGUGGACGAGCUGAGUCUGCAGCCGGGGGAUUUGGUAUCGGAGGGCGUGGCCCCGGCCGGCGACGCAGAGCCGGGCUGGAAGUGGGGCAUCGCUCGAGGCGAGUCGGGCUGGUUCCCCGAAUCCUACGUGGAAGACCUUCAGGCAGCUUCCGCCUACGCCGCCGAGGUCAUUGAGCCCAUGGAGACCAAGACUCAGUUGGAAGGUAUAGCAGAGGUGCCUGAAGCUGAAAUAGCGAACGACCUAGGCGGAGCCAUGCCUGUAGUUGAAGGCGGAGACUUCUACAUAGCGUCCUACCCGUAUCAGUCUCAGGAGCCUGGCGACCUGAUGUUCGAGGCGGGCGAGAGGAUCGAGGUGACGCGCCGCGACGGAGACUGGUGGACCGGCAGGAUCGGGGUCAGAACCGGCAUAUUCCCGUCGAACUACGUGUCCAAAGACCCGGAGACCGCCCCGGGCAUGUCGGCGGCCGUGGCGGCGCCGCUCACCGCCUGCAGCAUCCCUGAGGAGCCGGAGCCCGAGCCCGUGGCACCCGGCGACACGGGUAGUGGCGAACAGGACCAGCAGAAGUCCACCACCCCGAUAUCCUCGGAGGUGGCCUCCAUCACGGAGGCUCGGCCCGCGUCGGCCGCCAGACGGGACUCCGGGCGGGACUCCGUCACGGCGCGGAGGAAGCCCGAGGUGGCGCAGGCCACGGCUAGUUAUACCGCCACCAGCACCGAACAGCUCUCCCUGACCAAGGGCCAACUCCUCAUUGUCCGCAAGAAGGCCGACAGCGGCUGGUGGGAGGGCGAGCUGCAGGCCAAGGGACGCCACCGCCAGGUGGGCUGGUUCCCCGCCAGUUAUGUCAAGGUUUUGCAGUCAUCAGGGCGCACCUCGGGUCGCACGACUCCCGUCAUGAGCAAGUCCGACGUGCUGCCCGCAGACACCGUCAUCGACAAGGUGAUAGCCCUGUACCCGUACGCGGCUCAAAACGCUGACGAACUGAGCUUCGACAAGGACGACAUCAUAGCCGUGACCGAUCGCAGCCAGGACCCCGCCUGGUGGCAAGGUGAGCUACGCGGUAUGACUGGUCUCUUCCCGAGUAACUACGUCACUAAGCUGGUCAACUAGAGUGUUGCCACACGGAAAAAUUAUAGCAAGGCGAAAAUGUUGCCAGACGGUAGAAAGUUUACAUUAAAUCGUGUGCUUUAAAUUUAGGAAUUAUUUAACACAAUGUUUGUAGUGCCACAUUUUAAAACCUUGACGAGAAAUAUUAGAGUACAAUGUGGCAUUAUAGGGGCGAAAUUAAUAUCUAAAGUCAAUCUAUAACUUGCCUUGUAAAAUUGAAUUCUGACAUUAUUUAUCAGAAUUCAAACUACGGUUACGAAGUGGAUUGUAUUAGGUUAUUAAUCUCCAACCAAGCACACUUUUAUCUCAUUCCAGUGUUUGCCUAACUGUAGUACAAAGUAUAGUGUUGCCACUUUCUAAAUGUUAUUUAUGUCUUGUUCUGAUAACUAUAUAAUCAUGUAACCAAAAUGUUGUAGAUGUUAGAAAUAUAAUGUUAUAGCUUUAAA